AUGGCACUAUUUGGGGAUCUAGAGCUGAGACAAUACGGGGUCUCGGCUAUAUCCGGCUUUCUCCCAGAGACAAAGCCCUUGGAGAAACUUCCAGAUCCUUUGUAUAGUCCUUGGGAAAGUAUCGUGAAUGGCUUGCCACAGCUUCUCAAGACCGACACUCUCAGUGAUGCAGUCGACAAUCUUCCGGUACUCUCAACAGCAAAACUUCGAACAGAGGAUGAAUGGCGUAGGGCAUAUCUUGUUCUUGGCUUCCUCUCUCAGGGAUAUAUUUGGAGUGGCAACGAGCCGCGAAAGAAACUACCUCUAUCAAUCACCUCCCCUCUCCGAAGCGUCUCCUCACACUUCAAAAUAAUUCCUUGCGCAACCUUCGCUACCUACUGCCUUUGGAACACAACCCUCGGAGAUGAGGAAGACCGCACAAACCCCUCAUCCUACUCCGCCCAAAUUACAUUCACAGGCUCACACGAAGAAGAAUGGUUCUACACGACCUCCGUCGCAAUAGAAGCCCAAGGCGCCCCGCUCAUCCCCCUGGCGCUCUCUGCUGUUGACGCCACAACGAUUCAUGACAGAAAGACAGUGACAUCUUUCCUCGAGGCAUUUUCUACGUGCAUGGAUCGGAUAUGCGAGAUCCUGGCACGGCUCGACGAGAGACUCUCUGCAGAUUUCUUCUACCAUAAGCUUCGGCCCUUCUUAAGGGGUAGCAAGAAUAUGGCCGGUGCCGGGCUACCGGAGGGGGUGCUUUAUCCGAACUGUCGAUGUGGGGAGGGCGAGUGGGUGCAGUUCAGUGGGGGGAGUAAUGCGCAGAGUUCGCUGAUUCAGUUUUUCGAUAUUGUGUUGGGGAUUAAGCAGGAUUGUGGGUUUUUCAAGGCAUGUCAAGUCCAUGAGUGGUUGCACCGUUCAAGACUAAAUACAUAA